CAACUCUUACGGGCUGUUGUUAAUUUCGAUUAAAAUGACUCACCCAACAGACUUUUCUUCUCAUCUUCUGCCAAAAAGUGGCCAGGGUCAACACACCCAGGAGAGCGGCGAUGCUGGCCUCUCCUCCAACAUGAAGCACAAGUUCAGUGAUCAUUACAAUGAACGUGCUUCGCCUGUGGCAAAUGAAGACAUCUCUGGAAAACCCACACCUAAUGAAGAAGUAGACAUUGUUACGGCGAUGAAAGCAAAGAUCUGGUCACCGCCUAAUCAUGCUCGUCCAAAGGCAGAGGCAAACCCUGUGUCUGCUGAUGAAGAGUCCUCAAAACCGUCUACUUCAAACAACUUUCCACAACACACCCUGUCGAAGAACAGCCCACAAGAGGAAACUGUUACGGUUUUACCCGGAACAACAGCCAUUACAGAGGGGAGGCCAGAUGCAGAGGAAGCAGGAGAAGAAAGCUGCAAGAUGGACACCGGGAAAACCCCAAAACCAAAAGGUCCACCACUGGUGCCUAGAACAGGAAGAAACCACCGCAGGAAAAGGGCCGGGACGUACUGGAAAAUGUACGUUCUAUGUUGGUGGUCAUUCGCACAUGUUCCUGUAUCCGACGGCGUUUCUGGUGCUCAACUUGCACCAGGCCACAAGGUUAGGUGCUUUAACUGCAUAGACAAUGACAGCUGCCUCGUCAAGUUGAUGACCAUAUAUGACAAGGAUGACAAGAUACUGUACAAAAGAAACCUCAAUCAAAAGUUUUCAGGAUGCUCUGGAAUUUCCCCCAAUGGUUCCAAGAGCUGUGAUGUGUGCAUUCACCGAUCAAAAAUCACCAUCCUCUGCUCAGAGAAUGUUGGGAAAUUAGACGUGGAGGGUAGCGAUGGACGCAUCCACAUCUCUGUCUGUGAUCAGCAUCAGACUCUUGACCAACCUGAUGGCUUUAUUUCUAACGUUGGUGCUCAGACUCCUGGUCGUGCACGCUAUGGAUUAAUUGGUACCGGAGCCCUGGUUUUGAUCGCAGUGAUGCUCCUGGUCUACAGUGUAAGUGUGACUCAGUAUGUUCCCUGAUCACACAACUUGUUAAAAUGAGAAACAGAACUAUCUCAGGUUUCUGCAUGAGUCACUAUGUGAUUAUAUUUUAAGUCUUAAAUAUUGCAGAUUAAAUCUAUUGUAAAUUCUGGUCACAUUUCCCUUUUUUAAUCAGUUUUUAUUGUUUCUUUUUAGUGCUUGCAGAAAAAGAAGCACAGUAUAUGUUCAGUUUUUACCAUUUAUUUCACGAGCUGCACUUAUUAUUAUGUCACAGUUAUAGAUACAAUUCAUAGAUACAAUUUUAGUAUAAUAUCCUCCCUUCUCAGCCUAAACAGGGUUUAAUUUCACUUAAAUAUGUGUGGAUGUAAAAUAACAUUUUUUAAAUAUAAAUUCCCAAAUAUUCACUAGGGGGAGUGGACUGUGAAUAUUUCAAACUCAACAGGUAUACAUGUGACACUCAGAACAUGUUUCUUUCUCUUUUUCUCU